AUGCCUUCGCGGCGCUCGCAUCAGAAAAGCCGGCGUGGCUGCUUGGCCUGCAAACAAGCCCACAUCAAAUGCCGAGAAGACGGGCCGCCGUGCGAGCGUUGCAGAUUGAGAGGAACCACCUGUACAUAUCCCGAUCCGCCGCCGAGUCUCCGGCAAGACAACACCUCGCCACCAAAGAAUGGUUUACUACCGGCGCCCGGCGCUGAUGACGAGUCACAACCGGCGGAGGAGCCGCAGUUCCCCAGCAGCACGCGCCUGCUGGAACUCCAACUCAUGCAUCGAUGGUCCACGGUCACCUACAAGAGCGUGUGCACUCCGGCUGCCGGGGACGGGCCUGUGUGGCGUGACAAGCUACCGAAGUGGGCACUCAGACACGACUUCCUGCUGAAUGGUAUGUUGAGCCUCACGGCGUUCGAAGCAGCCAGUGCUUCGGUCGCAGGACAAAAUCGCGACCGCUACGUCACGGCGGCGAUCGAGUACCAGUCCGUCGCGCUGACCCAGUUUCGCCAACACCUGCAACUGGUUCAGAUGGGACCACAUCGCCAUCCGAGCAACAGCAGCUUUGAGCCCGUGCUGGCCUUUUCGAUGAUGUUGAUGGUUCUGGCGCUGGCCUCGGCGCAGUUCACGGGUGGGCAGGGCAUGGUGCAAAACACCAUCACGCACUACCAACUCAUUCGCGGGUGUGGCACCGUGCUCGGCGACGCGGGAGAGGAAUACCUCGCCUCAAACCCUUACGUGCUGAAACUCACGCGCUUCGACGACCUCCCGCGGUUACCCGUAGAUUCGCCGUCGGCCGUCGUGCUAGCCAGAUUGAACGAGGCCAACGAGCGCAGGCUGACUGGGAGCGUCGGCGAGCCGUACGAAGCGAGGGUCCAACACGUCAAGUAUUUCGAGGCGUGCAAGAAAUCGAUCGGCCUAUUGGAGCAGUAUUUCGCCAAAUGUAUGGGGGACGUCGUCGACGAAAGCUAUCAAGGAUAUAUACUUGGGUGGCUGAACAUGGCGGGCGACGAGUACGUCUCAGCCAUCAAGGACGGAGAUCGUGUCGCGUUGCUGGUCUUGAUGCUCUGGGGCGCCGUGGUGGAGCAGCUGGGCCACAAGGUCUGGUGGGCCAGGCGGUUUGGGAGGUUGGUGGUCGAGGAGAUUGCCAUGCAGGUGGGCAAGGACGGCGACGCUGAUGCGUUGACCAGGGAGAUCAUCGCGUUGGCGAUCGAGUGGGUUGUCCGAGCCAGAACUUGA